AUUUUCCCCCCAAAAUCAUAAAUCGAUGGCCCAAUUUUGCCCAAAAACUGAUGAAAUCCUGACCAGAGAUGACAAUCUCAAUUUCAGUUUUGUAAAUAACUGAAAUUCCCAUAGAAUUUCCGUUAGAAACCGCUACGCUACGGUUUUCUCCGCCCCUUCUCAUUCGGUUCUGUGACCCCGACGACGUCCUGCUCUCUCCUAGCCAUUAAAAUUCUGCUCAGAAGCAUGGUAAAGAAGAAGCGACCUCCUCGCACUGGCACUCCAGUCAGUUACGCUGAAAUACCUGAAGGACAAAAGUAUUGUUGGAUUAUAAGGGAUGAUCUGGAUUUACUGAAGCAGUAUUGUGACUUGCUGGAGUGGAUGAGAAGUUGGGGCCAUAGAGAUGGGGCGGACUUCGACGGAAUCAGGUCUCUAAAUGUCGUCCAUGAUUUUCCUUUAAUUGAGAUUUCCAUCUCUACUCCUGAUCUGAAACCCGACAUCGCUGAUCGAUGUGGGCUGACUACCAUGGUGAGCCUGAAGUACUCCUUGGCGGUUCUAUCUAAUUCUAAUCUCAACAAGAUUCUUGAGGAGUGGGAAAUGAAGCAUGAAAGGAAUGAAUGCCCCACUGCUUUCACAUCCCUGAAGUUGGAUGAGAUGAGGGAGCGCGUUCGGAAACUCAAAGCUUCUAGGUGGUCUGACUUGGUUGAGCCGGUUCUUGAAGAAAGUGCUGGGGUUGGUGGGGGUGGGUGUGUCAGUGCUCCGAGGAAACGUGUUCGCAUUUAAGUUUCAGGUCACUCAUUUUGCAGACACCUUAUUUGGACCUUUGGGGUUAUACGUUGACUUGCAUGUAGUACCUAUCCUGCAUAGAAUAAUUGGGGAUUGAAAUCCACAUCUUGCAUUAUAGUUCAUGUUUACUACCUGGUGUGGAUUGAGUCAACGCUGAGCCUGGAAGCAAACGGUGAUGGUCUUCAUUUU